UCUUUCCGCGAUCAUCGGGAUCGGAUGCGCUCGCCGCGCCGCCGGUUAGUCGAGAUCGGUCAGUCGUUCCGAGAAGAAGCGCGAAGUUUUGAGGAAGUCAACAAGCCGAGCGUGCGUGCGUGCGUAUGCGUCGCAGAAACAUUACGUUGUCGUUUUGUCGAAUAAAAUCCCCUUUGGCGUCGUCGUAUUGUUAUAGUGUUGUGUUGUGAUGUCGUUACACGGCACAAACAUGCUAAUUAAUUGUGAGAAUUCGUAAUUCACUGAUGCAAGUGCAGCUAAACCGUGUCGAGAGAGAUUGGCGUGUCUGAUAGAGAUACGAUUGUGAUUAACGGGCUGAUCGAAGUAAACUGUAUUCACAGUGGCAGGAUGGCAAAGCCUGCUACGGCUAGACGAUGGACCUCAAGGUGUCGGUCGAUGCCGACUUGGAUGUCGUCCGUCGGUGGUGUUUUGAUACUUCUUAUUCAUAUGCAAUCGAGCACUGCAGCGCUCAAAGAAAACGAUGCCUGUCGGCAUAGCGGCGAGUUGGGCGUCUGUCGGCGUUAUUCAGCCUGUAAAGAUCGCCUGCAAAAUCGAAUCACCAUCUGUAGCUACACCUCCCAGGAGGCCAUUGUGUGCUGCCCUGAUGCGGGCCUGCCGGAUAAUCGCUAUGACAAUGACGAUCGACCCAUUUGGGGUCAACAGCCGCAGCAGACCGCUAUGAACGAUCGCAAUGCUCGGAUAGCUGUCAAAAAGUGCAACGAAUACCGGAAGCUAUCGUACAACCGGGUAACGCUCAGUGCGUUGACCUUGACGCCCACGGUGGUGACCUACGAGGUGCCCAAAUGUGACAACAUCGUGAAGCUGAUCGUGGGUGGCAAUGUGACAAAACCCGGCGAGUUUCCUCACAUGGCGGCCAUCGGGUGGCGUCGCGGAGGCGUUGAUUCCUUCGACUGCGGAGGAUCGCUCAUCAGCGAUCAGUACGUACUGACCGCGGCACAUUGCUACACGGAAGUCGACGGAGAACUGCCGUCCUUUGUCCGUCUGGGCGAUCAGAAUCUGUUUCGCGAAGAUGACGGUGCUAAGCCGAAGGAUGUGAGCAUCGAGGACUUCAUCCGCCAUCCGGAUUUCGUACGUAACCAAGGUCUCUACAAUGACAUCGGGUUGAUCAAGUUGGUCAGGCCUGUGACGUUUAGCAACUUCAUUCGGCCGGCCUGUCUGUACGAUCAGCUACAGUUUACUGUGGAUACGGCGGUUGCCACCGGGUACGGACUCACAGAGGAUCAUGGUGACCGAUCGGACGAACUGCUGAAGGUGUCGUUGAACAUCUAUGACAACCAGCUGUGCAGCCGUGGCUACGCAAACAGCCGACAGCUGCGCAAGGGCAUCAUGACCAGUCAGCUGUGCGUUGGCAACGUCGGUGGCGGCCGGGACACUUGUCAGGGCGACUCGGGAGGGCCAUUGCAGAUCACCAAGCAGGAGAACCACUGCGUUUUCUACAUCAUCGGCAUUACCUCAUUCGGGCAGACGUGCGGAUCGCCGGUGCCGGCGAUCUACACUCGCGUCGCGUCCUAUCUGGACUGGAUCGAGUCAGUGGUGUGGAAUUUUGAACACCGCGAUCAAGCAAUACAGCAACCAAUGUCGAUUCGAACGACGAUCAUCCUGGUUUGCACGAUCGCUGCGGCGAUCGCACUGAAAGAAAAUGAUCGAUGCUCGAUCAACGGUGUCAUUGGGAUUUGCGCGAUCAGUUCAGCAUGCCCCGAACUGAAGCAAAUGCAACAACUGGGCGUCCGGCCGAAGAUUUGCGCAUACACUGCGAACCGAGAGAAGAUCUUUUGCUGUCCACGACUUGAACCUAUCAAACAAGCGAAACGGCCCAGCGAACAAUACUGCGAUCAGUACCGGAAGCUCGCAUCGACUCCCAUCAGUUUCGGAGCUCUUUCGUUCGAUCCGAGCACCGAUCGGGAAGCAUGGGUCCCAGCGUGUGACGAAUCGAUCGGUUUGAUCAUCGGAGGUACACCUGCCAGUCCGAAGGAGUUCCCUCAUAUAGCAGCACUGGGCUGGGCUAACGGCCAGAACAGCGGAGAAUACGAAUUCCGGUGCGGAGGAUCACUGAUCAGCGAUCGAUACGUGCUAACCGCAGCUCAUUGUGUACUGAACGUUGGUAAUGCAGGUCAUCCCCAAGUCGUACGUUUGGGUGACUAUAACCUUCUGACGGACCAGGACGGAUUUACAGGAGCGACCUACGGCAUAGAGGACCACAUUCUACACCCCAGUUAUAAACCGUCCACAAGCAAAUACAAUGACGUCGCUUUGCUCAAGCUCAACCAAACCGUGCAAUUUGGACCAACGAUACGACCGGCAUGCCUGUGGACGUCGGAAGACCCACUGCAUCGCAAGGCGGUCGCCAUCGGUUACGGACAAACGCAAAUCGGACACGAUUCCUACAACGUCCUCAUGAAGGUCAGCCUGGAUCUGCUGGACUACGUGGGCUGUAGCAUCUCAUACUACGGGGUACCCAAGCUGCCGGAAUCGAUCGUGCCGUCGCAAAUCUGCGCCCACACCACCGAAGGCGGAAAGGACACCUGCCACGGGGACUCCGGAGGGCCACUGCAGGUCACCGCCGAUGGCCACAGGUGUCUGUACUAUGUUGUGGGAGUCACAUCAUUUGGAACGUCUUGCGGAUCGUCGGUACCCGGGGUUUAUAGCCGUGUCGGCGCCUUCGCCGAUUGGAUCGAAGGAAUCGUUUGGCCUGGGCAGUUGUAAGCUGAAAUACCCCUCGGCCGAAGGGGCACAGCUCUGUUU